AUGGGAGGAAAAGAAACAGAAGAAUGCUCGGAGGGGGUACCCUGCGAAGAGCAGCAGCAGCAGCAGCAAAAGCUGCAGCAGCAGCAAGAACAGCAGCAGCAGCAGCUAGAACGACAGCAGGGUCAGCAGAGCGAGGAAGAAGAAUCAGAAGAGGGUAGCGACAACCCAUCUGAUGCUGCGGGAGCAGCAACCGCGACUGCAGCAGCAGCAGCAACAGCAGCAGCAGAAACAGAGCAUGCGCCUGCUUCAGGUGAGGCACCGGCCUCAGCAGCAGCAGCAGCAGAAUCACCAGCCGCCGAAGCAGCAGCAGCAGGACAAUCACCAGCAACAGGAGCAGCAGCAGAAGCAACAACAAAAGCUGCAGCAGCAGGUGCAGCAAAAUCACCAGCAGCAAAAACGAAGCAGCGCAAAGUUUCAAGGAAGCAAAGAGGGCCCCCAGCAGUUCGUCAGGUAGCUCCUCCUCCUCCUCCCCCUCCUCCUGCUGCUGCUGCUGCUGUUUUUUAUCCUCCUCCAUUUGUACCGCCUCCGCCUCCUGCUGCUGCUGCUGCUGCUGCUGCUGCUGCUGCUGGCGUGCCUCCUCCACCCCCUCCGCACAUCGCAGCAGCGGCUGCAGCAGCAGCAGCAACAAUUGCUGUUGCAGCAACAGCAACGCCGCCACCUCCUCCUUUCCCUGCUGUUAGGCCUCCCCCUCCGCCUCACGUUGCUACUGCUGCUGCAGCUACCAGCCUGCAGCAGCAGCAGCAGCAGCAGCAGCAGGGGAGUGAGGGUUCAGAUCCGCUGCGUGAGUUGGCGUACUUUACGCUGCUGCAGCAGCAGCUGCAGCAGGGGCAGCAGGGUGGCUCUGCUGCUGCUUCACCUGCUGCUGCAGCUGCAGGUGAAGCAGCAGCAGGAGGAGAAGACGCGCAGCUGCUGCAGCAGCUAGAGUUUUGUAAAGAUUACGAAGACUGCAAGAACCUCUGUUCGUCAAUUUUGUCGAGGCCCUUCACUUCUCCUCGUGUUGUUGCUGCUGCUGCUCUUCGUCUCGCUAUCUGUGGCAGCAGGGAGUUUAAGCAGCAGCUGCAGCAGCAGCAGCAGCACAAACAACUUCAAAAAGCUUCAAAGACACCAACGUCUAUCACUGCAAAUACGGAUGUCCCCUUCUUGGAUUAUCAAUUCGAUGAUCGGUUUGGAGAUUUUUUGCAGCGCAUGCGUUUGGUGCUGCAGCCGCAGCUGAAGCAGCUAGAGCAGCAGCAGCAGCAGCAACUAAGGGUUUGUGAAGCAGAUAUAGGUGCAGAGUACUUGACAGAUUUGUUAGGUGCAUGCGCCUUGUCUUCUGUAAUUAGAAUGGAGAAGUGUUCUCUCGUAUGGGAAUACCUUUGCGAGGCGACUGCACAAAGCAGAAGAGGCCGACGAACUCCCGAGACUGGAGCAGACCGCCUCCACCAAAAAAGCCCAUACCCAUCAGGGGAGUUGAGUGCGCUGCGUGGAAGUGUUUGA